UCUUGUCCCGGCAGCUUCCCCCAUGCAGCUAGCGCUAGUGGGCUCAAAUCCGGCGUGUCAUCCAGUAAUGACUCUACCCCAGUGACAUUUAGUCCGAAGUGAAGCUGCUGGGAGCGAUGGGGCUGAAUCAGAGCGCGUUUUUACCGGACGAUGGCAGUAACAGUGGAUAUCACGUCCAUGGGGUUCAAGAGGACUCACCUGCACUGAAGGCUGGCCUGGAGCCUUUCUUUGAUUUCAUUCUCUCAAUAGGAAACACCAGACUUAAUAAAGAAAGUGACUUGCUGAAGGACCUCCUUAAGGCCAAUGUGGAGAAAGCAGUUAAACUUGAGGUUUACAACUCUAAAACCCAGCGGGUGAAGGAGCUGGAGGUGACCCCCAGUAACAUGUGGGGUGGUCAGGGUUUACUGGGCGCCAGCGUCCGCUUCUGCAGCUUUGAAGGCGCUAAUGAGAACGUUUGGCAUGUCCUGGAUAUGGAGGUGAAUUCUCCAGCAGCGCUGGCUGGCCUCAUUGCACACCUUGACUUUAUUGUUGGAGCUGACCAGGUGCUACAAGAUUCAGAAGAUUUCUUUUCCUUGAUUGAAGCCAAUGAGGGGAAACCUCUGAAGCUGUUAGUCUACAACACACAAUCCGAUCAAUGCAGGGAGGUUGUGGUGACGCCUAACGGGGCAUGGGGAGGAGAAGGAAGUCUGGGCUGCGGCAUCGGCUACGGCUACUUACACAGGAUUCCAAGUCGCCCACUUCUGCUUAACGCCCAACAUAAAGCUUUUCUUCAACCAGAGGUCGCCAACAGUGAUGAGAAGGAGGCUUCAUCUGAAAACACAGAGGUGCCUUCUGUGGCUGAGUUGAGCCCACCCAGUGGCCCAGGUUUGAAUCAGACAGCCGUAGCUGAGCACAAUCUGAGCACGGUCUCCCCCACGCAGCAGGAUGCAGACCUGGAUGCCUCCCACCCCGCUGAAACCACGUCUUCAAGUGUGUCAGGUGUUGACGAGGGCUCCGUGUCUGCUAAUUAUGGUGAUGACACGGAUGAUCAGUGCAGCUUAGAUAAUUCAACGUUUAACCAAAGUCCUUCAUCUCCAGAGAAGGUGGAAGAACCGGACACCCAGGAAACCGUGCAGGAGUGCAGUUUAGACCUGGCCAGCGACUCGUCCCCCACCACAGAGGAUGCAGACGGCCCUGCCGGCGUCAGAGGUACGACGAGUGUCACAGAGAUGCAGGAGCCUUCAAGCUCGGGUCAUGUUUUAGGGCAGGAGAUGUUAGACUCCGCUGCCUCGAACACUUAACACGACUGCAGCGAAAGAGAAGACGCCCUGAAGCCGACUUACAUAAACGAUCAGGAGCACAUAAGCUUCUUAGUCAUAUCACUGGAGCUGUUUUUAAAUUCACAAUAAUUUAACUUGUAUACCCAACCCGUGCCGUUGCUGCAUGCCAAGUUGCACAUUUGAAAAUUAUAUAUUAACUACAGUGCAAUAUGAAUGUACACCAGAGUUUAGGCUUACUGUAACAACCAGAUGAAGAUGAGUUGGUUCGCUGCUGAAAAUCCAACUAGUAAUGUUGAAAACGUGUAGUUUUGUCGCUUUAACAUGAAUCAAAGUUUGAACUUUGAGCUGGAGUUUUAAUUUGUUGGAAUGUGGGUUUACGUUUCUCGUCUCUCGAGGAUAUGUGCGUGCAAAGAUGUGUUUUAAUCUCAGGCAUUUACCACGUGAGCCUUCCUGCCUUCAAGUCUCAUUUCAAAUACCGUCCUCACUGACUUACUGUACUUGUACGUACUUGUGAUUGGUGUAACAGCUGAUCCACAUGUUGGGUUUUUUACGUUUGUUUUGUUUGUAUGAGGUUUUAAUUGAAAUUAUGUUUCAGGUUUUUAUGUAAAAAAGAGCAUUUAUAUAAAAUAAGAUAUUCAAGAUGAA